UUUCUCUUUUUGCCUUUCUUUUUGAUAAGGGUGACAGGAACAACAUUUUAUUCAUUUUUACUGGAAAAAAAAAAGAAAAAAGUAACAUAGCAGGAAAGGGCACCAGAGCAAUAGAGGAAGCCAAAAUGAGCCGGAAAAGCAAAAGGACUUUAAAGGAGAAAUUUGCCUUGAAGAACAGCUUGGUUAAAGAAGCCCUCUCAGAAUUCCUGGGAACUUUUAUAUUGAUAGCACUUGGAUGUGGGUGUGUGGGACAGGCUGUCCUUAGCCGAGGAACCCAUGGUGGGACCAUGACAAUAUCAGUUGGAUUUGCAAUGGCAGUCACCAUAGCAGUGUAUGUGUCUGGGGGGGUUUCUGGUGGUCACAUAAACCCAGCCGUUUCAUUAGCCAUGUGCGUGACUGGAAGAUUAAAAUGGACCAAAUUACCAAUUUACAUAUUAGCACAACUCCUGGGAGCAUUUGUUGGAGCAGCGGCUGUCUUUGGGAUUUAUUACGAUGCCCUUAUGGAGUAUAGCAAUGGAACACUUGAAGUCACAGGACCUAACGCAACAGCGCAUAUCUUUGCAACAUAUCCAGCUCCGUAUCUGUCCCUCAUAAAUGGAUUUGCAGAUCAGGUGAUGUCAACAGCUGUUCUUCUUCUGGCUGUAUUUGCAAUUUUUGACACCAGAAAUAACAGUGUACCAAAGGGCCUGGAGCCAAUCGCAAUAGGACUUCUUAUAAUUGUUCUUACUUGCUCCUUGGGAAUGAACAGUGGCUGUGCCAUGAACCCGGCCAGGGAUCUAGGUCCAAGGCUCUUCACAGCCAUUGCAGGAUGGGGGAUGGAAGUAUUCACGGCUGGAAAUAAUUGGUGGUGGGUCCCUAUAGUUGCACCUAUGCUGGGAGGUGUACUUGGAGCAAUGACCUAUAUUGUUUUUAUUGAAAUUCAUCACUCAGACGCUCAACCAGGAGAAGAAAAUGAUGUGUAUGACAAAUACGAACUGACCAAUGUGGAGUAAGAAGUGAAGAAUUUUCUCUCUCAUUUUGUUGUGUAGUUUUUAUGCAAAUGAUUGCUUGGACCAUUUUAUAAAACCUGUAUGCCUCAAGUAGAAAUUCACAUUUCAAAGCAGAAAAUCUAUAUAAAAGACAAGGUCAAAACUGACCUCUUUCCAUGAAACUUCAGGCUGAUCACAUUAAAAACUGGGAAUUUGGGGAUAGGAGCAGUAAAUUGUUGUUCUUUUCGUAUGGCUUUCAGAGCAAGUCAUCUCCUACAUUAAAUUGUAGUGAGAUGAUGCACUGACCUGCUAAUUCAACACAUAUGAUCUUAAUCAUGUUGCCUAAUUAACGGAAAAUAGAUGAGAUAUUUUUACAAAAUGGGAUGCACAGGUAGUUAAUUUGUUCAGUGAUGAAUUAACGUGCAAGAGCACUGCUCACGUCUUAGAGCCAUUACUUAAGAAUGGCUGCCUGAAAAUUCAAAACAAUACCUGAAUUGCCUAAAUGUCAACUGAAGUGGUUCUAAAUAACUUGCUAAACUUUUAUGAAGUCACUAAUUGAACAGCAAGGAAUCAACUUAUCAGUGAUGAGGUUUAGUAACUUGGAAUGCGAUCACAAAAGCUAAAAAAUGUGUGUUAUAAGAUCAACACCAAAAAGACAAAGCUGUACUUCUGCACAGGUUCUUCAUAACAAUAAUGUCCAGUUAUUUUUAAACUAUUUACUUGACCUUUAUACUACCCAAUAUUAAAAUCCUAACCUAGAAUAUCAGUAUGAACCUCUUCCGCUGUGCUUUCUGGAUAAAAUGAAUCCCUGUGGAGAUGGGCCAGCAACAGAGGCUAAUGCUGUGCAGAGGUCAGCACAAGGCCUAUGCCUGUAUAAGCUUUAAAGAGGCCUUCUGCUGAUGAUCCACAUGGGGGGGAUUUCAUCAGCUUUAUGGGAGUAAUUUUUAUUUUUGUAGCAGUAAUUAAAAUUAGAAACUGGUGUCAGACCUAGUCCUAGUUCUAAAUUCCCCAGGGAAGGCCAGCUCCUCAUCGGAGUUCUGAAGCAUGGGUUCUCUCUUGCUAAAGAGAAGUGGUUGGACAUACACCACUCCCUAAAUAUCCAGCCUUGAAUAAUUAAGUUAUUUCUGCUUAGUCAUUGUGAAUUGAAUCUAGCCAAUUAAAUCAAAGUUCAUUUGUAAUAUGUAUACAUAUAUAUAUAUAUAUGAUUGGUGGUGGUGAUCAUGAAUAAAUAGACAUCCUAUUCAGUGACGCUCCUGAGCUAUUUUCACGGCAAAACUUCAGGGUACCAAGUUCAAUGCACUCAUUUUAGCGCAUUCUUCCCUUUGUACUCCUACAAUUCUGCUCCCUAGCAUUCCACAAUUUUUUCUGGUAUUGGUCCUGAAGGGAGGAACCCUUUGUGAUGCCAGUAACCACACAUUUUGGUGAGGUAUCCACACAAGUGUUUUGGAACAUACUGUGGUGAGAAUCUGCCUCAGCAUUCGGGCAGAUCAGGCCUGUGUCACCAUGUGUCUUUAUCAUGCUCCCUGGUAUGCUGCGCUCAAUUCUUGGCAGCAAAGGCAUAGAACUAUCAGGUCAAGCAAAACUUUGCUUGCUGCAGCUGUAAGUCAGAUGAUGUGGUACACUUGGGGCAGUAUAGUUCCAAUUUUAAUUAUAUUUUUGAAUAAAACUUACAGAACUGUAAUGAACUUAGGCUGACCAGCAACCAUAUCAGCCCUGUGCAAAAUGCUCAUUUGAUUCAGUGUUUCUCUGCGGUGGGUUAAAAACAGAUAUAGCUAUAACCCAUUCACAUUUGACUGCAUAGUAUCAUUAUCUGGAGGGCCUCAAUAACAAGAAAGAGGGUUUACAGAAUCAGUCCUCAACCCAAGCAGAGGCAAAUACAGGAGAAUCAAGAGUACAAAGUGGAAAUGAUUCCUAACUGCAGAUCUUAUAUUGGCAGCACAGACAAGCUAGUUCAUCUGUCCUGCAAAUUGAUAAAUCCCACUACAUAAACCAAGAUGGUGUGUAAAAGCAAUUGCAGACUGAGCCUUCCUUUGCUCCCCCUUGCAAUGAGAGCUGUCUCGCACCCCUUGGUGAUACCUGGCAGGAGCACUCCUAGGUGGCCGCCAGCCAUCUCUGUCAGCAGAGGGAUUACAUAGGUAGGAACAGCCAGAGGGCUGCCCUCAGGUCUGAAAGGCAUAUACUCUUCCACUGACGCCAACAUCUAACAUGAAAUGUCUGUGCAGAAAAUAAAAACAGACAGCCAAUUAAGAGAAGUAACUGAUUUUGUUCAAAGUGGUAGAGGCAAAUUAUCACUUAUUGUGCUAGAACUUUGUAUAGUCUGUAGGCUUCAUAUACCUCACGAUAUUGUGUCCUUUAAUACACCAUGGAAAACAUGGGGAAAAGAAGAAUACUGGUCAGGAACGAGAAGUUUAUUUCUACAACCUACUGAGUGACCAGCUCACACUUGCUGUGUGUCUGUGCGUUGGCCAGGGUACAUGAAGUUGUAUGUUUUCUCAAAAUCCUUCUGAUGAAAACAGGUUUUGCCUGUAAGUCAACAUGAUUUGUUUCUCCUAUUCAUGACAUUCCUAUGCACUGAAUUUCUGUAUAAGUGAUAUUUACUUGUUUGAAGUUAUCAACAUUCACAUCAUAAGCAGUGACACAUUAGAGUGAUAGCACAGCAAUAUCUAAAAUAUGCUCUCAAUAAGUUGUUGUCAACCCUACGUUUGCUUAAAUAACUCAUUCUUAAAAUUCAAUUAGUCAUUUAGUAGGUUUUUAAAUUCUUUGAAGAUGCAUGGUACUAAUACUACAAUUCGUACUGACUUCAUAAACCCCAGAAUUUCAGUCAGGAACAAGGUGUUAUAGCCCUGUCUCAGAUUUGACAUAAUUUACAUUUAUAAGCAUAAGACUGAAUUCCUGCUUUAGGGACAAAACUCAGUUGAGCUUUAACUACAGAGCCAUGAACAGUAUCUCCAUAAUAUAAAGGGAACAAUAAUAAUCAUCUCAUGCCAUAAGCUUUCACAGACAUCAUGAUUGUUUUGCGCAAAACAAAAAAACUAUUUUUACUUUGCAUGAACUAUGCAAUUUUCUAAUAUCAACUGAUAUUCAGUGGUUGCACUCAUAUUGAAUUCAUAUAAUACAGUUGGCAACAAGAAACAGUUUUUCCAGCUGUAAGACAUUCUGCUUAAUGAAUUAAUAGUAAUCAGGCUUGAUCGUUUUAAUGUUGAAAAAAAUUCAUUUUCAGAGCAUUGCUCAACUUUUGGGCUGUGUUUGUUCUUUUUGGGCAAUGUGUUUGUUCUUUAGAGCUAAACUUAGUACUUAAGUAAUUUGGAGAGUGAUCCUGCAAAUAGUACUGGGUUAAAGGUUGGCUACUGCAUGUUGUUUCAUAGAAGCCAGUGGAAUUAUUCACAACGGGAGGCAAUACAGGCAAGGAUAAGUGCUCAGAGAAUCGAGCUCAGAGUAUACUGGAAACUGUACUUUCUUGUACUUUUGAACCAUGGAUCUGGAUGAAUGUGCUGUAGUUCCAAAUAAAUACAGUCAAUCCCUAAUAAAUGCAUUCCAGUACUAUUUUUAUUUUUAUAAACAAAUCCCCCCUCUGGCACCUAAGGACAUAUUAAGAAAUAAAUAGCCGCCUAUUAUGACUUGCAAUGUUUUAUAGCCUUGUGCUGGAAGAACACAUUGACUAACAAGCUGUAUUCCCAGAGUGCAGCCGCUGUGGCAGAUUUUGUGGGUCAGAAGUAGCGCCAAAGCACCGAAAUACUCCCAGGUGAGUAAUGGCCAUUGCUGGGCCAGGAGGGACCCGUGCAACGAGAGGGCCAGGCCCUUUGUCUCUGGACCUUCCCCUGUUCCUGCCUGGGGAUGCUUUCUGCCACAGCUUUCCCACAGGUCUAACGAUAGCCAGAACCUAGGUGGGAUAUUUUGCUUAAGUCCCUCUUCAGAGAUUGCUUUUAAGGCAUGCAUAUAUCAAUCAGAUUUGGCCUGCAGCGCUUACAAAGUGCCCCAAGCUAAUUUAUCUAUCUUCUACUCUACAGAUUUGUAACAGGAACAUGCUUUGCUUGUUCCAUUUAAAAAUCACAUGAAAACCUGUUCUGCAGGCGCAGGGGGAAGAGGGAAAUAUUAGAAGCUUCAAAUUUACUCAGGAAGCCACAAAAAAAGAAAAAAAAACCAACACAAAUAAAACCAACAACUCAAUUUGAAGUGGCAGCAGGCAUUUUAUCCUCUAUCCAUCCUAAUGACCCUUACCUUCCCCUCAGUCUCUCUGAUUUUCUGUUCUCCUUUCUUUCUCCUGCCAACACUGUGCGCUGUGCUCUGUUUCUAUACAGUACAAUACAUCUCCAGAGAUUUAAAUGCAGCAUGCUUUUCUCAGUUACUUAUGAAUCUUAGAAAGUUCUCAUGAGAGCAAAUUCAAGUUUCACCUCACACGCUUGUUUUUUGGCAGUUGCUUGCAUUUUUUCCCCACUGUUCCCACCAAACAACCUUGUGCUGG